AGGCGCUGCUCUCAUGAUGAUGAUGAUGAUGAUGAUGAUGAUUGUGUAGCUGCAGCAGCAGAGUGCAGCAGACCCUGAACUGGGAGGAGGAAAUCAGCGGCAGCGCAGACAGAAAACUUUCGGCAAUUUUUGGGUUGUAUUUAGGGUUGAAGAUGAGCGAAGCAGAGCAGCCCAGACUUGAGCUUUUCGUAAAGGCAGGAAGUGAUGGUCAGAGUAUCGGCAACUGUCCCUUCUCUCAGCGUCUAUUCAUGGUCCUGUGGCUGAAAGGAGUGACCUUCGACGUCACCACAGUGGAUAUGAAAAGGAAACCAGACAUCCUAAAGGAUCUGGCUCCUGGAGCUCAGCCUCCUUUCCUCCUGUACGGCGGCGAGGUUAAAACUGACACCAACAAAAUCGAGGAAUUCAUUGAGGAAACUCUCGCUCCUCCAAAAUAUCCCCGUCUGGCUGCUCGUAAUCCGGAGUCCAACACAGCAGGAGUGGACGUCUUCUCCAAGUUCUCUGCUUACGUCAAGAACUCAAACCCUCAGACUAACGACAAUCUAGAGAAAGGCCUUCUGAAGGCUCUGAAGAAGCUGGACGACUACCUUGGCUCCCCACUUCCUGACGAGAUUGACGAGAAUAGCGCUGAUGAGGUCACUUCCUCAACACGCCCUUUCCUGGAUGGCCAAGACCUAACUCUGGCAGACUGCAACCUGCUGCCAAAGCUGCACAUUCUGAAGGUGGUGUGUUUGAAGUACAGAAAGUUUACCAUUCCCGAGUCUCUGACAAACGUCUGGAGGUACCUGAACUCUGCAUAUGCCAGGGAGGAAUUUAGCUCAACCUGUCCGAUCGACGAGGAGAUCCACAUGGCUUACUCAUCUGUAGCUAAAGCUCUCAAGUAGGAAGAGGAUGCACAAUGUGAAAGUAAAAAGAAUAAUCCACACAGACGACAGUUAAGCAAAUAUUCACUCUGUAAACCACCCAGAUCUGUUUCCCUGACGAUGGGUGUUCCCUUAAAUCCAUGUUUACCUUUUAAUACCAUUGGAAGUCAGAGAUCACACCCACCCACAGGUGUAUCUUUGUACUUUAGACAGGAUCCGUUUACAUCAGCAGGGAGGUGAGGGCAGGUGUAGACAAUCCAGGAAAAACUCUUCGGAUUAUAUUUUUAAAAACAUUUAGCAAAACAUAUUUUUACAAAAAAAAUUUUUUUUACUGAUGCUUUUUUAUUGUUUUACCUUUAUUUAUGUACUUCAUCAAGUCAAUUCAGAGGUAGGUUUUAUGAGGUUCUAAAAUACAAUAUGGGUCCAUUUAUUCUCACCUUAAAAGAGGUAUCUGCCACUAACAUAGCAAAAUAGUGCUUUAUUUAAAUCUUAGUAUGGCAUGAGAUUCUACCUGAAUGAUAACCUUGAGAUAAAAAAAAAAAGUUUAAGAUAAGAUCACAAUACAAAAUAGUGUUACACAAUAAUUUCUACUCCUGCUGAAUUUCAACAGUUGCCGUGACACCAGCUGCUCCGUCCCGGAUGUACAAUCCGUACCAUCUCAAAAUCUCAAAAAUACUAGGCGUCCUAAAAUAUAAUGUGUUAAAGAUUAAAAAUAUAUUUCCUGAAAAAAUAAAUGCCUUAAAAUCUUUUCUGUUUUAUCAAUCAUCUGUGCCCAACAUGCACCAAAAAUGACAUCCUACGCUACUUCUGGGGGGUAACCUUUUUAGCUUUGGAUUUACACAUAAAUCUAAGCCUUUUUGAGUUUAAUAUUUUCCUUUCGUGUUAACAUUAUGGUAUAUAGCGCAUAAUCUAAAGAAAAAAAGCAAGUAAAAUGCAGAUAAACAUGGUUUAAUCAUAUUUUGCGGGACAGCUCUGAGCAUAUCUGAUGAUGACGUCAGAGAAGCAGUUUAAUGUAGAAAAUGUAAAAAGCAUCAAAAUUAUCUCAGAAAAGUCAUAAAACAAUAUCAGCUUUUAGACUCAGCAGGGAGAAAAAAUUCAACAAAUUGGGUUCCUUUUUUAAAAGAAAACUGUAAGUAACAAGCUCGCUUCAACUUUCUAGAUUUCAAGUCUCCAACAGAAAAUUGUUCUUCAGCCAUUUUCAUUUCUGUUACUUCAGCACUAGAAGAAAAAAAUAAUGUUUUUCUAGUUUUGGUCACAUCUUCAGCAUAUACACAUCAAUGUUUUGCCCUUCUCCAGUUUUAUAUAUUCUCGAGGAGUAUUAUUUGAACAGACACAAAGCUGUCUUCCUGAUUAAACUUUCAUUUCAUUUAGAAUUACCUUUUUCAAUGUUCAAUUAGAGAAGGGAUAUUUUCACACCAGCAAAGGUUUACCUGCCAAGGAGUCAUUUUGAGGUUUAAUCACAGCUGUUUCCUGCAGAUUUUAUUAUGGACAAAACAAAGCUCUUUACUGUUGGACAUUAUGCAUUUUAAACAAAGUUCAUAUUCAUCAUGGUGCAUGCCAGAGAGGAAAGCCGCACAGACUGAGGCAGCACCGAAAACAGUUAAACAGGAAACUGUUUCAAUAGACGCGGGUUUCCCCUUCCUACGCUCCUGAAGCAAGCGUGACGGAUUAUUUAAGAUUAGUGAGCGUGUUUGUGAUCCGCUUUGAAGGCCUCUUAUUAAUAAUCACAUCAAUAGAAGGGAGGCUGUGAGUAUAAAGACUUCUGUAAACUAAAAAAGGAGAAGGUUUAAUAAAAAUACAUUUUAAAAAUGAAACCAACUCGUUAGCUUUUUUGCUUUCACUAUUAUUUAAUACUUUAUCACUGCACCUGUAUGAGGCGCAAUAAAGGACGUAUCAAGGAAUGGUGGAAUUAGACCUGGACAAGUUUUAAACUGUAGCUCCAAGGGACAGUGCUGAGAUUUUUACACUCAUCAUAACAAAUGGAGGAUUAGAUAGCUAUCAUAUGCUUUUCUGGCUGUAAAAAAGAAAAAUAAACAUUUUGGCAUUAGUGGCAUUUUUUCUCAAGGUUAUCAGGAUGUCAGAAUUUUAUACUGGAUAGUCUAAAUUAACUUUUGUUU